UCAGUGUGGCAGUGUGAUUUUGACUGACUGGCUGACUGACGGGGGAUUCUGGAGGAAGCUCACAGGAAAGGGACGACACACUCUCCGGGCUUCUUUUUUUCCUGUCAUUGUUGAUGGUUUUCUGGCUGCGCCGCCUGUAUCCACCUCAGCAUCGGAUUUUGCUUUAUUUCUCCUCUCCUUGAUUGGCUGAACCGGGGCUGAACCCAGCCAACCUGGGCCGGGCUGUGGGGCUGUUCAGCGAGCCUAAUAGCUGAAGUUGGCACCCGAGAUGAGCGCCUGGAGACCCGGGAGCGGGGCUCUCUCUUUGCCGGGGAGAGUGUCUGGGUCGUGGCGGUGCUGGUGGUGGUGGGUUGUGGUGAUCGGGGUGUCAGUGGGCUCUGGUGAUCCGUGGUUGUCCGCGGAGGCAUGCCCGUGGACUUGUACUUGCAGCGGCACCAGGAUCUCCUGCGUGGACCCGGAGCUGGGUAUCAAUGCUUUCCCCGUCCUGCAGAGCGAGGCGGAGAUGGAGAACAUCACCGACAUUUACAUCGCCAACCAGAGCAGCUUCUCCUCCAUCAACGACAAAGACCUGCACUACUACAAGAAUCUCAGGAACCUAACCGUGACCAGCAGCAGGCUAACCUAUGUAUCGCAGCUGGCCUUUCAAAACAACCUCAAGAUACAGUACCUGAAUCUGAAAGAUAACAACCUUUCAUCGCUGUCCUGGAGGAUAUUCAAACACCUCAACAUCUCUUAUCUGAUCCUGACAGGGAACCCUCUGCACUGCUCCUGCGAGAACAUGUGGAUCAAGCUGUGGUUGGGAGAGGAAGCAGACAACCAGGAGCUGCGCUGCAUCGAGGAUGGAGGAGGACGCAAGCUGCUGUCCAGACUGACACUACCUAACUGUGAGGUUCCCAUGGCAACGUUGAGCCCAUCCAAAGUGACGCUAAAGGAAGGGGAGCAUGUGGACCUGUCCUGUACGACCUCUGGGGUGCCCUCUCCUCAGCUGAUAUGGAACAUGGCGUUGGUCUCCAACUACGAGAUCGAGACGUCAGGGCAGAUUUCGGUGCUUCGACUGUCCAACCUGUCGUCGAUGGACCACAACAGCAAGAUCAGCUGCACCGCCGAGAACAUAGUUGGAGAGAAUGAGUCCUCGCUGCUGCUGAAUAUACUUUUUCCUCCCAAAAUCACGAAACUGAGUGAUGCAAUCUCUGACCAUCACUGGUGCAUCCCCUUCAGCAUGGCAGGAAACCCAGAGCCGGAGCUAGAGUGGUAUCGGGAUGGCGAACUGGUAACGGAGGGGAUGUACAUCAUGACCAGGAUCCAUGACAUCACAGAGAGAGAGUACCACGGCUGCCUGCAGCUGGACAGCCCCACACACAUCAACAAUGGCCGCUACACACUCGUGGCUACAAACAUAUACGGGACAGACCAAAAAGAGGUGCAGGCUCACUUCAUGACCAGACCGCUGGAUGGAACGGACAAGGAGCCUUACUAUUAUGAUCUAACCACAGAAGGCCCCCCUGUAGACCCUCCUGAAGACAGAGUCGCUGUGUACGUGGUUGUGGGCAUUGCUGCUGUCGCCUUCACCGGUUUCCUUCUAAUGUUGGUUAUUCUCAAGUUUGGAGGAAACUCUAAGUUUGGCAUCAAAGGACCAUCUUCGGUGAUCAGUAACGAUGAUGACUCAGCCUCUCCUCUUCACCACGUCUCCAAUGGCAGUAACACUCCUUCUUCCUCAGAGAUGGGCCCUGACGCGGUAAUCAUCGGCAUGACCAAGAUCCCGGUGAUAGAAAACCCUCAGUACUUCAGGAGCACAAACAGCCUGCUCAAAACUGACACAUUCGUCCAGCAUAUAAAGAGACACAACAUUGUGCUGAAGAGAGAGCUGGGGGAGGGAGCCUUUGGAAAAGUCUUCCUGGCCGAGUGUUACAACCUCUCGCCUGACCAGGAGAAGAUACUGGUGGCUGUGAAGACACUUAAGGAGGCCAGUGAAAAUGCCAGGAAGGAUUUCCACCGCGAGGCUGAGCUGCUGACCAACCUACAGCACGAACACAUUGUCACUUUCUAUGGAGUGUGUGUGGAGAGCGACCCUCUCAUCAUGGUGUUCGAGUACAUGAAACAUGGAGACCUGAACAAGUUCCUCAGGGCUCACGGUCCGGAUGCAGUUCUGAUGGCAGAGGGUCAGACCACCAGACCCGUGGAGCUGACCCAGUCUCAAAUGCUGCACAUCGCCCAGCAGAUAGCAUCUGGCAUGGUCUACCUGGCAUCACAGCACUUUGUGCACCGCGACCUGGCCACCAGGAACUGCCUGGUGGGCGAGAACCUGCUGGUAAAGAUUGGAGACUUUGGCAUGUCCAGAGACGUCUACAGCACUGACUACUACAGGGUAGGUGUCGGAGGUCACACCAUGCUGCCAAUCCGUUGGAUGCCUCCUGAAAGCAUCAUGUACAGAAAGUUCACCACAGAGAGCGAUGUUUGGAGUUUAGGAGUUGUUCUCUGGGAGAUCUUCACUUAUGGAAAGCAGCCGUGGUACCAGCUCUCCAAUAAUGAGGUGAUAGAGUGUAUAACCCAGGGCAGGGUGCUGCAGCGGCCCCGGACCUGUCCUAAAGAAGUAUACGACCUGAUGUUGGGCUGCUGGCAGCGAGAGCCACACAUGAGACUCAACAUCAAAGAAAUUCAUGGUCUGCUCCUCAAUCUGGCAAAAGCCUCACCUGUAUAUCUGGAUAUACUGGGCUGAACAAAGGAGGAGAACGGAGGAUGUGUGUGUGUGUGUGUGUGUGUGUGUGUGUGUAUU